AUGGCACCUGCUCGUCUUCCUCCGCGUCGCAUCCUUCUGGUUAGCAACCCCCGCACGGCCUCCAAUCUGCUGCUGAAGAUCCUGGCCCUCCCCGACCAGCCCAACGUCUAUGCCAACGACAAGGGUGGCUACUACUUCUUUGACUCGUUUGUCGCCACUGCCAACGACAACCGGAUCUACAAGCCGUUCGACCAAUGGACCCCGGAAGAUCGCUCCGAGAUCCAGUCUGCCCUGAAGAAAUGCUUCGACCAGCUCGAGGAGGGCACUUCCCAAGCCAGCCAAGAGGGCAAGAUAUUCUUCGCAAAGGAACACUCCCCCUGGUUCAUCGACCCGCUGGCCCUGAAGAGCAUCCUGCAUCUGGAUGAGAACACUAGCACUGCCACCGAGGAUGCUCCCCUGAGCAACGAUGACGCAGCAGGCGCUGCCUCUCCGUUCCGCCUCCAAGUGCCGACCACCUAUACCGCGACGCCGACGUUCUCGCCCACCAACUAUACCAUCCUGCCCGACGAGUACCUGCGGACCUUCCACAUGGCAUUCAUCGUCCGGCACCCGGCGCUGAUGUUCCCGUCCUUCUACCGCGCGAUGGGCAAGAUGGUCAAGCUGGGCGUGAUCACGGAGGAGAACAUCGCCGGCGUGAUGGCGGCCAACAUGACGCUGCGGUUCUCGCGGCUGCUCUACGACUGGUGUCUGGAGCAGGACGACCCCGACGCCAGACCCGUCAUCCUGGACGCUCACGAGGUGAUCCACAAGCCCGAGGCGAUAGUGCGGUUCUGCGAACUGACCGGCCUCGAUGCCGACGCGAUCAAAUUCGAGUGGGAUACCAAGCCAGCAGCCAAGGAUAUCGGGGCUCAGAACUUGGUCGCAAGCGUGGACCCGAACACGGAACAGAGGACCCUGUGGAGUCCCGAGGCCGCAGGUAUCAUGGUCUCCACUUUGACGGGAUCAUCCGGGAUCAUAAAGUCCAAGACACCUGACGUGGUGGAUAUCGCCGUGGAGGCUGCCAAGUGGAAGGAGGAAUUCGGUCAAAAGACUGCCGAUAUGCUGGAGAAGAGGGUUCGAGACGCGAUGCCCGACUACGAAUAUCUCAAGGCCCGCAGCGUGACAGCCUCAGCAUAA